AUGUCUAUUCGCAUCCUCCACACAAUGCGACCGCAAUUCCUCUCGCGAACGCGUUAUUUAAACGCCCCUCGCACCUUCACCACCUCCGCCCGGUUCUUCUCCGCAGACCCGCCCGCCUCUUCAGUCGCAGCCUCAUUCCUCUCCCGCUUCCAAUCGUCCGGUCCUCAAACACGAACUCAAACACUCGACGCGAAUCAAUUACAACUUCUCACACUCACGCUGAACCGUCCUUCCUUAUACCCGGGCUCGCCUUCGGUUUCCAAUACACCAAAUGCGCCUCCACUUGACACCCCCGUGCCUCCGGGCUACCACCUUGUUUACUUCACGCCUGCUUUCUUAGAAGGAGAGCUGGGCGCUGAUGGUACCGAUGCAUCCUAUAACCCCGAGUUCCCGUUUACGAGACGCAUGUGGGCUGGUGGGGAGGUCUCUUGGCCUCGGGGCGCAGAUGGAAAGCCGAAUCCCUUACGUGUGGGACAGGAAGUCCGCGAGACGACGCGUGUGCUUAGCGCCGAGUCUAAGGUUGUCAAGAAGACGGGCGAGGAUAUGAUCGUUGUCGGUGUUGAGAAGGAAUUCUCGAAUGAACAUGGUGUCUCGAUUAUUGAUCGAAGGAAUUGGGUAUUCCGCAAAGCGUUACCAAUCCCAUCAACUUCGACACCGACUAGCACCGCGCCCCCGUCAACAUCGCAUCUCACAGAGACCUCUGCCUCGAACAUCUCCACCGAAGGCACCACCCAUUCAAAAACAUUCGUCCAAUCCCCCGUGACACUCUUCCGCUUCUCAGCCCUAACAUUCAACCCGCAUAAAAUCCACUACUCCCUACCCUGGGCGCGUGAUGUCGAGGGACACAGGGAUAUCGUUGUCCACGGCCCAUUGAACUUGAUCUCGAUCUUGGAUUUGUGGCGAGAUGUCCGGGAUCAGGGGAAUAGUGGUGUCGAUCCGACUGCGGUUAUUCCACGGAGUAUCUCGUAUCGGGCGACUAGUCCGUUAUAUGCGGGUGAUGAGUAUAAGAUUGUCCUGCAGGAGAAUGGGGAUGUGGCCAAGGUGCAGAUUCUGGGGCCUGGAGGUGUCGUUGCUAUGAAGGCGGAGAUUCAGGCGUGA